AGGAGGUUGCGGGCCCUGUGUGUUGCUGGGCCUAGCUAUGAUGCGUGGAGUUCUGUUCGUGCCACCUCCAGUUCGCUACUCGCUACCUGAACUGUAGCCCAGCGCUACUGGAUUCUCAAGCCCAUUUCUUUCUUUGGAUUUUCAUGGAUUAUUUACUAUUUCGUUUUCCUUUUUAACGGAUUUAUACUUUUCGUCAGCGGAAGUCGCCAGUGUUGUGUUUUUCUUGUAUGGUGUUUAUGUAUGGGUAUCACGUGACCAUUGUAUGCUGUCGACAUGUAAGCACAGGUAAGAUGAAGCAGUGGACCGGACACACAGUGCAAUUAACACCGCUAGUGAGCCCCAAUUAUUAAUGACCCAGUGAUAAUUUAAUUCAUUAGUUUUAUUUUCCUGUACAAAUUGUGUUCGGGAGUAAUUUGUGUUUGAAAUUUUGGUUUUUGUUGUCAAGUAUUCGUUCUCUAUCUCUGGAUGACUGGAUUACCAUCGAUCGUGGAUUCUAGUGGAUUGUAUGGACGCGGAUACAUGGACUUGUGGCUUAACUUCCUGCUCAUAAACUGAUGACAGGCCAGUGAGGGGAUGGACAGAUCCCACCCCCCGCGGUCUGGCAUCCCCACUUACCUGGGAUCUCCAGGUGGGCGGGCACACGACAGGGGGGAUGGAGGGGGUCACCACGGGGACUCGCGGUCACCCCGACCCCAGCGCAGCAACCCCCAUGUGAAUAAUGGACCAGCCCAAGACAUCCGGUCAGCUAGAGUGACCAGGGUCCCAGACCGAGGUGGAGGAACCGACCCGCCCCGCCCGGGCUGGUCAGACGAUGGCCAGACGCCGGCCAGACACCGCCCACACAGCUCAAACAAACACGUGACCUACGCGCACGUCAAGCGGAACGAGCUUAUACAACACCAGGCUCAAGGCGAGAGAACUCUCGUGGGCUGCGAGUCCACACAGCCCGCGGAGAGGACCAACAAAAGUGACGUCACAUCCGGCCAUGGCGUAGAGCUCUACUACUCUGCCUCCACCGUGACUGGUUCCCACACAGCGGACGAGGAACCCAUGGACGACACCAGACCCUGCGAGACGGGAGGGGUCAGCGAGUCCCCGAGUGCCGGACCCCCCGGCCCCCACCGCGCCCCACCCCCUGGUGCUGCCAGGUCACGUGAGGGCGAUCACGUGACGCGGACAAGUUUUUCUGACAUGGAUUACCCCAUCAGAGGAACGAUGUCCCCGCUGUCCGCCGUGGCGGUGAAGAGGUCGGUGGGUCCGGUGGAUGAAGUGUCCUUCGUCUUCGGCCGUCCGGCCUCCCCCACCGGCGACACGGUGGUCCGGCCCGCCCAGCAGUACAACAGUGCCGGUCUCGUCCGGUGCAUGUCGCCGUCUGCCGGCCGCUACAUGACCGGACACUACAACCCCCGCCCCCUCUCUCCCAGCAGUGACGUGUUGCCUAUACGGCGACCCGGGACCUACGCGUCCCGCAGGGUGCUGUCCCCACCCCCACAGCUGGGGUUCGGAGCCGCCGCGGAGCCGCGGAUCCACCACCAGGGCGGCAUCUGCUGCGAGCAGUGUAACGGCUGUCUGGUGGAGCUCAAGCGGCAGGCCCUGCGGCUCAUGUUCCCGGAUACGGGAGCCGGAAGUCACCUCGCUCAGAGCAUCCGGCUAGACAACAUCGGAGAGCGGCUGACGGUGCCGGAGUCGUACGAGCGCUGGUUCUCCCGGACGGGCCAGUGCGCCGUGUGCCAGACGCCGAUCGGCCAGCUGAAGCAGGAAGCCGUGGCUAUGAUCCAGUCCAUUCAGCUGGCCCAGACCACGGCUACAGCCGGCAGCAUCCCCUCGCUCGUCGGCUCGUGCGGGCUCGUACCCCAGCACAAGAACAAGUUCACCAACAGAAAGCCUCCACUAAGCCCCUAUGCAUCUUCUCCAUCCAUGCCUUUAGCAGCCCAAGCCCAAGCCUACCUAGAGCAGAACGUGAGGGCUUACAUCAACCCCAAGAAGUACUCGAUGAUGCUGGCAGGCCGCCUGCCCCCCACCAGCCAGGAGUGCCACUAUGAGAGUCUCGGCUCUCCCGAGUCCAUGUCUGACGUUUCAUCCUCCUCAUCAUCGGGCCUCCAUCCCGGAUACGCCCACUCUACUUCCUCUGGACACCAUCACGUGCCUUCAAGGAGCCUGUCCUCACCCACCUCGCCACCACACGUGCCCUCGGCAGCGGCCUCGUUUUUCGCCAGAGCUGCCCAAAAACUCGGGAAGAAAAAAAAACGACAUCACUCUCAGGAUCAAGAACCCCUCCCUGCCCUCCCCACUUUCCCCACGAAUUUCUCUGACGUCAUACGAUUAACGCCCCCGCCCGCCCCGCCAUGUCUACUGAGGAGCGGUGGAAGGCUGCAGAACCCUGGCAUGGGAAAGGUCAAGGUCAUGCUAAAGAUAUGCAACAGCGCCGGAAGUCAAGGCGAGCAGGGCGGGUCAUCCUUCCUGUCCCCGGACCCCCGGAAGAAGCAAGUGACCGUGUUUGACCCCUCGGCCAGCGGAUACGUCACCUCGGCCAGCAGACGAGCCACGACGGCCGCGCCCAAAAUGUUCGCCUUUGAUUCGGUCUUCACGCCAGACGACUCGCUGACGGAACUGUGUGCUAGUAGCCUCUCGGAGAUUAUACAAGCUGUUGUGGCGGGGACGGAUGGGUGUUUGUUUACAUACGGCUACUCCAGGCUAGGCAAGACGUACACGAUGAUCGGCAGUGACCAGUCCCCGGGCACCCUGGGGGUGAUGCCCUGUGCCAUCGCCUGGCUCUUUAAGAUCAUCAACGAGCAGAAGGACAAGACUGGCGCGCGCUUCUCCGUGCGCGUGUCGGCUGUACAGGUGACGGGCAAGGAGGAGGCGCUGCGUGACCUGCUGAUAGACAUGGCUCAAGGUACCGAGACGACAGGUGUGGGGACGGCCCCCAGUGUGUACCUGCGAGAGGACCCCAUCUGUGGCACCCAGUUAGAGAACCAGAGCGAGCUGCGGGCACCCACGGCCGAGAAGGCGGCUCAUUACCUGGACGCGGCUCUAGCGGCUCGCAGUGCUGCAGACGAAGACGAAGAGAGGUCCUCCCAUAUUUUGUUCACUCUCAACGUGUACCAGUACCGGAUAGAGAGGUCAAACACUAAAGCCGGACUUCCGGGAGUGGCCGGAGGAAGGUCAAGGUUACAUCUAAUUGACCUUGGAACAGCCUCUAAGUCAAAGGACCCCAACAAUGUGUCCCUCAGUCUGUCUGCGCUUGGCAACGUCAUCAUGGCGCUGCUCAAUGGUCAGAGACACGUGCCUCACAGAGACAGCAAGAUUGCGCAACUGUUGAGAGACUCUCUAGGAAACCUUUCGUGUCGCACGUGCAUGAUUGCGCACGUGUCCUCGGCCGUGCCGCACUACAACGAGACCCUGCAGGUCAUCCAGCUGGCGGCACGUGUCCAUAGGAUGAAGCGGCGUAGGACCAAAUUUUCUAGUACCAGCUCUGAGGACAGUUCAACUGAUGGUGAUGUCAAGUUCAGACGUCCGUACAGGGGCCUGAGGAUGGGAACUCUGAGGGAGGACGUGCUCUAUUCCUCCUCUCAUUCAGACCCUGACUACACGUCCAGCAGCGAACAGUCAUGUGACACUGUCAUCUACAUAGGGGCCAACGGCCAGUCCCUGAGUGACAGAGAACUAACAGACAAUGAAGGGCCCCCUAGGCAUGUGCCUAGGACUAACCCACGCCUUCCCAGGAGACCCAGUGGGUCAAGGUCGUCUGGUGAUGACUCUGACAGUGGUCGCAGUGUGAGAAGCCUUGAGUCCAGACUCCCACUAAGAACUAUCAUGUCCCCUCCCCCCGGUGCCUCUAUGAAACUAGGGCAGCCCCCAUCAAUGCCUGGGUCCCCCAAUCCAGGCUUGGUCAAAAUGGGUCACAGAAUGGGCAUGCACACAAAGAUGAGUGCUGAUGGCAGACUGGCCAACACAGACAGUGCCGCAGCAGGCAGCCCCUGGCAGGAGAAGCCUACCAAGAUUCACUGUCAUUCAUCGCAGAGCAAGUUGGCCAAGGCCAUCCACGAUAAACAGCAGCCGUUGGAGGGUGAGCAGUGGAUUGAUGGCCCCGGAGCGGCCAUUUACCCAGAGUCCAAAGCCAGUGAGCUCUGGGUAGAUGGGCCCCCAGCCUUCGUAGUGCAGCAGCAGCCCCAGUCCGUGCUGACAGCUGCACCCUCAACUCGCACCGAGGGGCAUCACAGCCGGGGAGAGACCGCAGCCCACCACCACCAUCACAGGUCUGAUUCGUCUUCCCGUCGUGUUGCCUCUAAGAAGGUGGACGCGGAGGAACAGUGGGUGGACGGCCCCAAGGAAAUGGUCAGUGGCAGCAACCCCUCCCAACCCAUGCACACAUGCAGCAAGACAGAAGCCCCCAGCAAAACUAGCCACCCAGCCAAAUGUGCCGGGGUCAACGAAAAAGCUUUAAAACAAGCCCUGGUUAAACACAUCAUGGAGGUGAAGGACAGACCUGACAGCACGGUCAGUGUGGACAGCGACACGUCCAUGGUGGUUGUUCCUGCUGAAUCUCGUCCAGCCAGCUUCAACAGUGAUGACCAGGCCAAGUCCUCUGGCUCCAGCAAAGAUGCUGUGGACGUGCGGUCAGAUCUCAAGCAGGAUGCCUCAUCCAGUCCUAUGGUGUCCAGCAAAAAACAAAAACUCUCAGAGCAGAAACCUUCCUCAAAUCAGUCACUCUCUCCUAGUCCUUCCCCAGCCUUAGCUAGAAAGUGCAAUAAAAUGGAAGCUCCAAAACUGGUGAAAGGUCAGCUGCCUGGGUCAGCCAGCCCCACCCACAGGGUGGUGCAGUGGAUCAAGUCUGUGGCCACAGAGCAGAAGGAACCUUCCAGCACCCAGCAGGCCCAGCCUGUCAGCACUUUGUGUAAUAUUUCUAUGGCGGAUGCCGAGACCAACACAGAACAUGAUUCAGAUUUCGAGAGAAUGGCGGAGGAGAACGGCGUCAGGUCUGACAGUGAUGAUGGGGCAGAUACUCUGGCUGUGAACAAGUGCAAUAUGAUCCUGGAUACCAGUCUAGACAGCAGCUUUGAUGCCUCCAUGCUCAACCGGGAAUCUAUUUAUGAAAUGGAAGUGGACGAGCAUUUGGAGCACAUGAAGACCAAGGAUGGCUCAGGGCUGGCCGCUGAGCUGGACAACGAGACCUUCAGCAGCUUAUCCUGCAGCAACCACGAUGAUGUUGAGAGAGACCACCAGAACGCUGAGUCUGAGUCCCUCCUUGUCCAACAUUCUAAAGCUCUGACCGAGUCCAAACAAACUGCCCAGCUCAAUCGCCAUUUAGCCCGCGGCUGCCUCAAGAGAGAUGUCUCACCUGCCCUCUCUGAUGCUGACCAGGAGAUGCUUGAGGUGACCAAACCUCUACUCAGUCGUAAACCUGAUGGAGCUUCUAACCCUAACCUAAUGAGAGCCUUUGAGGAGGAAACACUUGGUAAAAUGCAUGUCAAUAAUUUAACCGGAAUGUCUGUAGAGGCCAUGUAUGUCACGUCUGAUCCUGAUUUCCCAUCCAAAAGAUUGGGGCUGGAUGAGGACGUGCAGUCAGGGAAAGGUGACGGCCAUGUCUCAGGGUACCUGCCCUCACCAAAACUUGGCACCAAAAACAAACCUCCACUUCCAGCCAAGCAGUCUCCUGUCAUGAAACAAAGUGGGCUUCCCAAGCCCAGCUCUAGUCCGCAGUCCUCCAGCCGAUCAAUCUACUGCGUGGCCAAACAGCCGGCUGCGGUGGUCAAAGACAGCCCACAGAAAGCUGGCAAACACCCUACGGCUGUGAGUCCCAGUUUAAAAAGUAAAUUCUCAAAAAAUGACAAGGCCUGCGCCUCAUCAUCGGGUACAUCCCCCGUCUCCUCCGCCACUUCCCCCGUCUCCUCUGCUACAUCAAGCCCUGUGGUCUCUAGCACUAAAUCAUCUCCAGCUCAAAAGCCAGGCAGCAAAAGCCAGAAUGGCUCCACCAGCAAAUUGCCAUCAUUUUGCUCAUCUCGUACAUCCUCCCCAUCAACAAAAGACAGCAAAGCCAGAAAAAAGGAAACUAAAGCUGGCAGUGGUAGAAAAUUAUCCGAGCUUGUCCACAGGGGCAAGGGAAAUGACUCUGACAGUGGAAAUGAUAGUGGAAUAGUUGCCCAUGAAAAGAAACUGUUAUCUCCAUAUGCCACUGUGACUAAGCCGAGGACCCCCAGCCACUCAAGCAGUGGACAUGGCAGUGAUAACAGCACAAUCAGCACAGAGGUCCACCCUGGCCACUCAAGACCUUGCACCAAGACUGAGAACCUACACGGGGGAACCAGCAGUGGGUAUGAGAGCAUGCUGCGAGACAGUGAGGCCACAUGUUCCUCAUCAGGCCAUGAAGAUAGCGCAAGUGAGUCCUCAUCAGAAUGCAAGAAAGGUUCCAAAAGAAAAGGAACUAGAAGAAGUCGGUCAGCCCCUGCCCAUUCUACAGAAAGUUCCCCGGCCUCCAGCCAACCAAGUCAGACAGGAAGUAGAUCUGUGGGGUCAUCACAUAGAGCAUGGGUGGACACCAGACAUUUGUACAAAGUCAAAGAUGAGCCUCUUGAGUUAAAGAAAUAUGACCCUGAUGAGGUGGAGAGGUUAGGCCGGAGGAGGACAGAUGAUGAGAUACAAGCUCUACCUGACAGCAAGCAGAGAAGUGCAAGUUCUAGAGAAGAUGAUGGAGAUGAAACAGAAUCCAAGGACCGGAUAAUGAUGGAGAGAAACGGCUGGUCUUUUGAUUGUAAAUUUCUCAUGUGUUUCUCUUGUAAAUCCAGACAAAGAGGGACGGAUGUAUAGACUUUAAUUUUACCACUGCUGUCAACUAUGUGACACAGGCAAAGAUAACUCUAAAAUAUUGUUUUAUUCACGGAUUUGUAAAAAAAAUUUCCCCACCAAAUUUUUUAAAAUUUUGAAGCAAGUUUUGACCAAAUUGCUAAUUGGAGGACAGCUAUUUUUUAAUUUUAAAAGUUAAACUUUCUCAUUACAUUUUGCCUGUAUUUCAUAAAGUUUUAUAUUAAAACUUGUUUUUAAUUUUGCUUAAUCAUUAAAAUAAUUAUUUUAAUAAUCUAUGCAAAGAACGCACAUUUUAUAAUUUGCAUUAGUUUUCUUUUUGUACUGUAAAAAACUUCCUUCUAAAAAUGACAGAAAAGUGGCAUAGAAAAAAUGAUCCAGUGUAUUCUAGGUGCAUCAUUAGGUCUAACAUCAUCGGUCAGUACUUGCCUUACAACUUACGAGCCCCACACCACUGAGACUACCAGCAUGAAUGAGAUCCAACGCAAACGAUAGGCUGGUUACCUGGAUUUCACACUUGAAAAGAUUUAUGCAACUUUCACCUAGAUAAUUAUGUAUAUGAUCUGUAACUGCUGUUCUGUUAUUUAAUUUAUAUUUGUGUAUUUGUACCAUUAUUUUAACAUUUUUUGUUUGCAUAAUAAUUUUGUUUGGUGUAAAGAUUGUUUAGCCUGGUAAGACAGACUGCUGAGUGUGAAAGUAUUGGGUAGUGCCACGUUGUAAUUAAUUCAAAUGUAACUAUUCCUAUUGAUGUACAAUUAUUAUCAAGAGAAAAUAUUUAAGCAAGUUUAUGUAGUAUCCUAGACAGCGCAGUCUAAUGAUAAAUUCGCUGUCUAAACAAACUGGGGUAUGUGGGCACUCAAAUUUUUUUUUUUACUUUUUCCUCAUAAGCCAUAAACUUAUUGUAAAUAUCAUGUCUAUCCAGCAGUCAGUAUAUUUACAAACCAAAUAUCUCAGCUCAAGACUUAUAGAGCUUUCAAGUGUUUAAACGUCUCCCUGGUGUAUAUAUAUUCAAGUACUCACUUGUCUCCCUUGCUCUUUGUAUGAAAGCACAAAUGUGCUAAAAUUAUCAAUUGCUUCUUUUAAUCUGAGGUGUAAACAUGCUUAGAAUUGCAUUGUUUUAAAAUGCAGUAGUUGAAAAAGUGUUGAGAAAUACAAGAAACUAGUUACAGCUUGCACAGGUACUACCUAGUUCUCUAUGUCUAGCCACGUUUGACAUUGUUCUAAGGUGAAUAGUUCUAGUCCUAGCUCAUCCUGUUUCUGUAGCUAGUUACGGUUCAUUUAACUUUAACCAGGGUUCAUUUAUUAACCCUACCAGUACCAAUUUAGUAGCCCCCUUACAAUUUCUCUUUCGCCAAGCUAUUUAACCAAGGCAGCAAAGCUUUAUCAUUGUCAUGAUCAUCAGCAAAUAAGUGGGCUGACAGCUGUCAUCAUUGACAUCUAUGGCAUCUACAACUGACAUCAGGCUAUGACUGACUGUCCAAUUUUGGCUGCUAUGACAUUGACUGAACCUGAAAAAACUUCUUGCAGUAACGUACUGACUGGUGGGUUCAACCUUGUAAAUAUAUAAAUAAACUCUCCCUAGAGAGUCAGUCUGUUAGAAUUGUGUCUUCCCUGAUAGUCUGCUAGCACACUGUUUUUAUUACAUGUUCAAUUAGCAUGAAGGAUCAAUUCAAUGUUGACAAAAUAUUUAUUUAUUAGUAUACCUUAUUAUUUCAAUAUUGUUCUCUGAGAAUUAUUUUUAGAAUUGAUAAAUGAAGCAGGUGGGUUUUUAUUUUUGGUGCGCUCUGUUGUCAGACAUCUCUCUGCAACAGUCCAUGGUGCAGACACUUUAGCUUAGUGAGCCUUUAUUUCUACCGCAGUGGAUUGUCCUUUGACUUGUAAAUACAUUGGUGUCAGAGGAAAUGGUCAGGCAUCUGGCUCUGUCAUUGACACAUUUAUAAUUGACACAUUUUGACAUUUCGAAUAUUUUUUAAAAAUUGAAAAAUAAAAAUAAUGCAACUGAAACUUGAAAUAAAACUGUGCAA